AUGCCGCACAUAGCGCCAAAUUCAAUACCUCCGUCCUGGUACAUGACCCGUACACCGCGACUUAAUUAUGACAGCUUGACCUUGGACGGCAUUACAGAUACAGAGCCAUAUCACGUGUCUGGAAUAGACUAUGAUGCUUCGACACGGUCCAUCAUAGAUCAGGCCAACAGCGGAAAUCCUUUCGUUACCAACGGAGCUGACUUGUCCGGGCCCAACAAAGUCAUCCGAUAUGACACGGUUUCCAAAACGGUUGCGUACACCGCCGACCUUGCCGAAUUCGUGGCUCAGGCCCGAGUUGGCAACUCGGCCGCCGGCGGCUUCCAAGACUCGGCCGAGGACGCCGAAGGCAAUGCCUAUGUCACCACCACCUUCAACGUCGGGGCCAUCGCUAAGAUCUCGAAGACGGGGGACGUGACACCCUGGUACAUUGGCGACGCGACCCCGUCCUUCGACGUCGCCUCCGAGUCCCCCGCGCCAACGGAUAUCACCAUGACCGGCCGGCCUGCCGACGGCUCCUACGCUGGCCUCGGCUGCGAUGGCCUGAUCAGUCCUGCACGGUAUGGGCGCAAGGUGCUCCUUUGCUCUGAUAACGGCCAGGCCGCCACCACGCUCUGGGCUACAGGUGACGGCUUCGCUUCCGUCCGGUAUGUCGGCCAGGUUGCGAAUAACGGCACGGAGGAGGUCGCGAAGUUCGGGACCGUGGUGGCCACGGUGGAGAUGGGCAACUCGCUCUAUGUCAACAACGAGUUCUUCAAUGAUACCGGCGUCUUUGAUCUGGCUGGCGACCGCGCGAGCUUUCCACUUGUCGGCUCCACGGCGGAAUUCGACGCUUUGGUGAGCGCGGCUAGGUUUGAGAUUACUACUUGCUAA